CUACCGGUAUCGUCACCCUCCAAGGACGCUACAACAACGACACGAUUUCCAUAGUACCGUACGAAAGAAUCAGAAGACCCGUACAAACGAAGUAAAAACAGCCCAUUUGUUGUUGUAUUUCACAAAUUCUUACCGGUACAUCGAACAACCCGAGAAUAUUUUGACGGUGUUACUGCCCCUUGAUCUACUACUAUAUGUGCAGUUCACUCUUUUGUUCUCCUCUCCGAUGACGGAAUUGAAUGAGUUCAACACUCUUGUUCAGACACUGGCUAAGAAUAACCGGCGGCGAAGGCUACAAUGUUUGUAACUAACCUUCUUGCUGACUGGUGGGGCAGACAAGAAAGCAAUCGAAACGUCGAACAAGACGGUAGCACGUACAAAGAUUUCCUCGAUCACCAAAAAACUAUAUGGAUUCCCUCCGAGUUGUACGAGAAAUGCUGCCCCCGUUUCUUGGUGGGCGGUGUAUCGCAACGAAACAAGAAAGGGCAGUUUGUUUGCGUCGGGAAAUGUUGCAAGAUCCAUCCCACCAUCAUGCUAUAUUUCGAUGCAGCGAAAUCAUGCACGAUAGCUACGCUGUCUUAUCGCCUCGAUCCAUUUGUUCGGUACCUCGAUCGGCGCGUGCAGGACGGCAGUGCUGUCGUAAAGUCGCCUUAUUACUACGAACUGGAUGGGUAUGUGAGAGACAACCUACAUCGCCUGAGAUAUCAGCAGCGAUUGUUUGGAGGUCAUUUCGUCAAGGUAGCCAUAGGAGCACUGAAAGAAUCCGAUGCAGCCCAAUCAAAAUUAUUGGAAGAGGCCCAUCUGAGACAGCUCAUGCGUAGACACCGCCCUUGCAAUCUUUCAAGCAAUAGUUUCUCCGACAAAGAAUCCGCCUCGGCUUGUGUGGCACUCGGAAUCGAACCCCGCUCGCAUCAAGGUGUGGAAAGACUGGAAAUGGCUCUUGAGAUUUGUCGGUUGUGGGGCCUCGGCGAUCAUUUGGACGUUCUGUCAAUAGAUUGCAUGCUCAAAACCAGUCACUUUUUUAGGCAAUUGGCCGUUCCGAUGGCCGAGGAGCGCGUAAACGAUUGUGAGUUCGUCGUCACUCCACUGGUGGAUGGUCACUACACAUCUGGGUAUUCUGUCUUUCGAAGAGGCAACGACGACCAACCGAGAAUUUUCGAGCGAGAACACGGUCGUCUUGUAGAAUACGCCGUUUGCCCAUCGGUUUUGUACUGUCAAAAACGAUACGGUAGCCAAGCAAUACCGUCUGGCAAGUGCAUGCGGGAAAUAAACAAGGGUGGACGCUACUUCCCCAGCCUACAUUCGAGUGUCGACUUUCGUCGCAGCAGCAACCGGAACGAAAAAGUCAAACCUGAGCUUCCUACAGGAUUUUCGUGGGCGUGCGAGGAACUUUCCUUCGCCAACCUGGAACUAGAAUGCAUGGAUAUUGGUUUGCGCGAGUACAUAGGCCAAAAGAUCAACAUCCAGUGGAGACGCACCGAGGUCGACGACCCUGGAUUCCAACGCGACUAUAGCAGUUUUCGUGACGAGAAGUCGACGGGUUCGAGCGACACGCCGGAACAGGUCUUUUGUGUGAAAUUGGGCUGGGCACCCACGAAAAAUGGGAUCGUGGAUAUAUCGGUCCCCCAUUUUGGUGUGAAACUGCACAUUCCGAGGAAUUCGAUGUCGCAAGUCGAUGAUGUUACGUUUACCUACAAGGGAACUGCGCAAGUGUUAGAGUGCAAGUCGGACUUCACCUUUCUCGUUGCGGCCUAUGCCCGAUCCUUGCAACCGUAUUUAAUAGCUCGACAUCAGCAAAUCGAAACCCACAGACCGUUGCUACGGCACGAGCAAGAAUACUUCGAGGAAGUUCAAAAAGCGGCCUCGUUGUGUCACUUGUCACGUACUUUGUAACUGGCAUUUGUCGAUCUGCCGGGAUGUAUAAUUAUCGUUGGAUGUAUUAAAUAAUGUAUUCCGUU